AUAAACCCGUUUUCCCGCUCAAAGUCUCAAACUCCUCUUCCCGUCUACCCCAAGCCUAAAUGUAAAUAAAAGUUCCAAUGACGAUGACCCCAUUUGCCAUGCACGACCGAGGCUAAAUUGCAGGCCCGUAACUUCCCCAUAUCGAUUGACCUUCAACGAAGCUGCCACAUAUCAAUUAUAUCCCUUCCCUUCCCUUCCAUUCCAUUCCCUUCCCUUCCCUUCCCUUCUAUCCCUUCCAUUCUUUUCUUCUCCAAUACAAUACUACACAGUACCAUCCAACACAGAUCUCGGAUUGCUCUUCGGAAUGACAGAUACAAACACGCUUCGAGAACGCAGAAAAGAAAUAUCCGCGGAUAUCCUCUCGGAUGCACCUCUUACCAAAACGAACACAAACAUACCCUCUCCCUCUUCUACUUCAUCUGCGGAAAAGAAAACAAAGAAAUCUCUUAAUAAAUUAGCAGCAGAUGAAGAUGCAGCUCCCUUUUCAUUAGUAGAUUUAUUAAGAUCAAUUGUUUUCAUAUUCAUAGCUAGUUGUGGGUUAAGCUAUGUGGUUACGAGGAAUAGUUAUUUUUGGGGUAUGAAGAGACCUAUGUGGACUAGGGGGGAAGUUUUGAGGGCUUAUUGGGUUGGUAGUUUCUUUUCUUUUCUUUGGCUUUGGAUUGUCUUUGAUUUUGUUUUGCUGGUUGUGAGGGGUGCAGUGUCAGGAGGAGGAUAUAAGGAGGUGACCGCGGAUUUGAACACUACGACUAACUCCAAUCUCAUAGAAUGGACCCCCCUCCCUAACCGACGCUGACCUCGUUCAAUAUGACGGCACCAACCCCUCACUUCCCAUCUACCUCGCUCUCAAUGGCACUAUCUACGAUGUUUCUGCCGGACGUAGACACUAUGGACCAGGAGGUAGUUAUCAAUUUUUCGCAGGAGUAGAUGCCAGUCGAGCAUUUGUCACGAAUUGUUUUCAAGAGGAUCGCACGCCGGACAUGCGGGGAGUGGAGGAAAUGUUUUUACCGGUUGAUGAUGAGGAGAUUGAUGCGGAGAUUGUGAGGAAGAUUGGUAAAGGGGAGUUUAAGAAGUUAAAGGAGAAGGAACAGAGGGAUGCGAGGAAGAGUGUGGCGGAGGCAUUGGGUCAUUGGGUUGGUGAGUUGAUUUUGAAGGAUUUUUCUUUUUUCUUUUUUUUUGGAGGGGGGAGGGCAUGUAUGGAUUGAACUAAUUUGUGGUUUGUGAAUAGGGUUCUUUGAACAAAGUGGGAAAUAUCCAAAGAUUGGACAGGUGCAGAGAGAAAAGGGGUGGGAGACUAAAGGGGAAAUACCAAAGUUGUGUGAGAGGGCUCAGAAGGGAAGGAAGAAGAGAACGAUUCCUGAGUAGGAUGAUUUAGGAAGUGCGUGCUUUCUAGCGUUAUUGGCUUGUAAGGAGCAUUGUAUAGGCUCAUUGUGAAGAUGGUUGUUAAAGGUUUGGUAUGUAUAGCUGUCAAUUCAAUAUCAGGAAUGAGUUUUCUUGUUUGAUUAUAUACGAAAUUAUGAGAUGUGGUUGUUCACUUGUAUGUGAUGAGCUAUGAUUGUUCUAGAUCAUAUCAUAUAGAAUAUCAAGGA